GGAUUGUUCUUUUUUUUGGUAAGUAACUGGACUGGUAUCAUGGCGUCGUCGGCGGCGGCGUCAAUACGGCCAGAAACACCACCGAUUGCUACACUCCGCAUCUGCAUGCUCAACGCCGACACGCCCGUUCCCGCCGUCGUCGCCCACCGCGCCGCUACCUACGGCCGCAUUUUCGAAGCGCUGCUAUCACGCGCCGCCCACCGCCUCACUUCCACCUCAAAACACCACCCCAACAUCACCAUCACAUCCACCGACUUCGACGUCGUGCAAAACCACUACCCAGCCUCCCUUUGCUGCUUCGACGCGAUUGUGAUUUCCGGGUCCGCUAGCUCCGCAUACGACAACGAGCCGUGGAUCGCGCGGCUCGCGGCGUGGAUCCGUGAGGCGUACCAGACGCACCCGCGCAUACCCAUCUUCGGGAGCUGCUUUGGCCACCAGAUCGUGUGCCAUGCGCUGCUGGCGGAGUACGGCGUGCGCGUAGAGCAGGAUGCGAAAGGCUGGGAACUCGGGGUGCAGGCAGUGCGACUUGACGAGGGAUUUUGCAGGAGGUUUGGCGGCGGGCGGGCGGGAGACGAGGACGCGGUACUGCGACUUCAGUUUGUGCAUCACGACCACGUAGUGUUGGCCGAGGGGGGCUUACCAGCGGGCUGGAUGCUCGUGGGCAGCACGCCGCAUUGCAGUGUGCAAGGCGUGUACGAGCCUGGCCGCGUUCUCACGUUGCAGGGCCACUUUGAGUUUGACGCGUUUGUCAACGGCGAGACGGUCAAGUUCUUUUUUCCGCACUGGGAGCCCGAGGUGUUGGGGGCGGCGCUGCGCGCGAUUGAUGCCGAGGACGAUGCGGAGGCGGCGGCGGAGCUGGUGCUGAGGUUUUUUCUGGACGAGCAGGGGGGGAAGACGGGUGCGGACACGUUCGUUGUUGAGGGGGGGUUGCUUACGCCUCCUGUCGAGGAAUAG